AUGAGCACCAACAUAGCGCGCGAGUCAGGUCUCCAUACUCUCCCAGUUGAACUGGUGGCGGAAAUUGUCAAGUUUACCGAGUCUCCUGAUCUAUGCGCUCUUCGACUCACCUGCCGAGCGAUUUAUCAGAGCAGCCUUCGCCAGUUUGCACACACUUUUGUACACACAUUGAGGACCGAUCUUUCACCGAAUUCACUUACCCGGGUCGAGGAAGCAGCCAAUGACGAGAUGUUUCGUCCCUGUGUCCGCAAGCUAGAGAUCGUCAGGGAUUCAAAGGGCUGCCUAGGACCAUUAUCCCCUGAUGCCACAUCAAAAAGGAUCUAUAUUCAAGCGUGGUGCGAUGUGAUAAAACGCCUGUCCAACUGCCGGUCUUUCGAGCUGCACAAUUCAAGUUAUACAACACCGUACGCGUACAGCCAUGGCAUCACGCUUGACGAAGCCACUGGUCUUGUUCUCAAAGCCAUUGCUAAUGAGAAGAUUCCGAUGGAAUAUUUCUCAAUCAGCAUUGUGAAAAACAGAACCAGAGUGUUUCAGGAUAAGUUAACACAAUUUGAUAUCGCCACUUUUGGUAUCCCGGCCUUUUCCCACCUCAAGGAACUGUGCUUUGCAAUCCCCGAUGCCGAGACCAAGACUAUACAUUGGAUGGCGAAAAUGAUCCAAUGUGCCAAAUCUCUCAAAAAGCUGACGAUCAUUUUCAACUGGAAGUGCGAAUCAACUUUCCUUCUCUCCCAGCUUUCGUCGGCUGGGUGCUUGCCAGAACUACAAGAAUUGACUUUCUCGCGAAUGUCAUUCGAAUCUUCGGCUGCUUUGGGCAUCUUCCUUUACAGUAUUCAAGAUUCUAUUCGCCAUGUGACAUUUUCUUUUGUAGAACUGGAGCUUGGGGGCUGGCGGUCCAUUCUCCGCAAGUUGGGUGGAGGCUCGUACCAGCUUGACAGUGUGAUUCUGCAUAGUGUACUUGAAGCGAAUGAGUUUUUGAACUUUAGGAAGAUUCCAGAAUACUCCCUCGCGGAAAGUUCGCUAGACAAGAGACUAUAUCGUCCAUUCCAAUUUUGCUUUGUUAAAACGGAGCAUACGGGCUUCAGCUACUCGGGUCCGGCUUUACAAAGGGUUUUACAGAGAGUGGCUGCCCUUGCAGAGCUGCCCUAG